CGAGAGGAGCGGACGCAGCAAGCCGCGGGUCCCAGCAUCAGAGAGAGUGGACUCUUUCCCGAGUCCCGCAGCAUGAAGCUCUCCCACGCGCUGGCCGCCCUGGGCGGCGUGCUGCUCUGCGCCUCCGGCCUCUUCGCCGCGUCCGGUGACCUCUGUGACCCCAGCCUGUGCCUGAAUGGUGGGACCUGCUUGUUGGACCAAGACAAUAAUGUCUACUGCCUCUGCCUUGAAGGCUUCACGGGCCCCGUGUGCAACGAGACUGAGAAAGGUCCCUGCUCCCCAAACCCUUGCCACCAUGGUGCCAAAUGCCGGGUGACUGAGGGCACACAGCGUGGAGACAUUUUCACUCAGUACAUCUGCCAAUGCUCUGAGGGCUACUCAGGCACCCACUGUGAGAUCAAGAAUGAGAUCAUCUACAACCUGGAGGAAUACUAUCAGCCCAACACAGCCGACCCCACCCCGGCCCCCAAUCCUGGUCUUUCCAACCACCUAGACUCCCGUUGCUCCACAAAGCUGGGCAUGGAAGGGGGCGCGAUUGCUGACUCACAGAUUUCUGCCUCAUCUGUGUAUGUGGGCUUCAUGGGUUUGCAGCGCUGGGGCCCGGAACUGGCCCGUCUGCACCGCACAGGGAUCGUCAAUGCAUGGACAGCCAGCAACUAUGACAGCAAGCCCUGGAUCCAGGUGAACCUUCUGCGGAAGAUGCGGGUGUCAGGCGUGAUGACGCAGGGCGCCAGCCGCGCAGGGAGGGCAGAAUACGUAAAGAUUUUCAAGGUGGCUUACAGCUUCGACGGACGCAAGUUCGAGUUCAUCCAGGAUGAAAGUGGAUCUGGGGACAAGGAGUUUUUGGGUAACCUGGACAACAGCGGCCUGAAGGUGAACAUGUUCAACCCCACGCUGGAGGCACAAUACAUAAGGCUGUACCCUGUUUCGUGCCAACGAGGCUGCACCCUCCGUUUCGAGCUCCUGGGCUGUGAGUUGCAUGGGUGUUCUGAGCCCCUGGGCCUGAAGAACAACACUAUCCCUGACAGUAAGAUGACAGCCUCCAGCAGUUACAAGACAUGGAACCUGCGUGCCUUCGGCUGGUACCCCCACUUGGGGCGGCUGGACAUGCAGGGCAAGAUCAAUGCUUGGACUGCUCAGAGCAACAGUGCCAAGGAGUGGCUGCAGGUUGACCUGGGCACUCAGAAGCAAGUGACUGGAAUCAUCACCCAGGGGGCCCGUGACUUUGGCCACAUCCAGUAUGUGGCGUCCUAUAAGGUGGCCCACAGUAAUGACGGCAUGAAGUGGACCAUGUAUGAGGAACAAGGGACCAGCAAGGUCUUCCGUGGCAACUCGGACAACAAUUCCCACAAGAAGAACAUCUUCGAGACGCCCUUCAUGGCUCGCUACGUGCGCAUCCUUCCGGUGUCCUGGCAUAACCGCAUCACCCUGCGCCUGGAGCUGCUGGGCUGUUAGUCCUUCCAGCCCAAGUGACCAGAGUGGCCAGAGGCUGAGGGGCCUCGCGUCCCUGCCUCCCGGGUCCUGCUGCCUUCUGUGGCUGACUGCCUUCUCAGCCCUCCCUCUGAUUGUACAGGGGCCGGAGACAGGGGGAGGGGUUGUCAGACUUGCCCCUCACCCUGUAGCCUCCACAGGCCUCCUGCUAGCCCCUUUUCUCAGGCAUUCUGGGGGAGUCAGAUAGGUCUGAGAUGAAUAGGGAAGAAGAGCGAAGUCGGGGUACGUGAGCUAUCUGUACCAACCACCCCAAGUCCUAACCUUCCUGCUAGGGGUCGACUCAAGGCUAAAGGGACCUCUGGCUCCCCGCCCCGCUCUGCACACCACACAUUCCUCCAUUUUCCAUUCCGGGAAGAAGAGGCCCACGCCUGCUUGCUGCCCCUUGGGUCACCAGAUACCACCUCUUAUCUCCCGAGACCCCUCUUGACCCUUGCUCUGCCGCCUCGGAUGGCAAGGGCACUGGUGGGUCUGGAGAGACAGGUGGGCUCUGGCUGGUUGGCAAGCUGGCUGUGGGGCCUCUGCUGGCUUGCUACCCAGGUUAACAGGCAGAUUCCAAAAUACAUUUGUGUUCUCCACUGGAA